AUUCAAAAUGAAGUUGCCACAGCUGGUUGCUGCUUUCUUUCUCUUCCUAGCAUCGCAUUUUCUGCUAUCUGCAGGGAGUGCAGCAGCAACUAAAAUUACAUAUUACGUACACAACAAAUGCUCCUUUCCUAUAUGGCCUGCAACAGCAUCAAAUACCGGCUAUCAGGUGAUAGCUGACGGUGGCUUCUACCUACCACCCGGCCAGACACAGCGCAUUUACACCCCACUAACAUGGAGUGGCCGGAUUUGGGCCAGAACAGGCUGCAAUUUCAAUGCCAGUGUGAAUCCCGCCUGUGAGACAGGUGACUGCGGGGGACAACUAGCGUGCAAGGGACUUAUAGGCACUCCCCCAGCCACACUUGUGGAAAUUUCAGUACAGGAAGAUAAAGGGAAGCCAAGUUAUUAUGAUGUGAGCUUGGUUGAUGGGUACAACAUCCCUGUUUUCGUCUCAUCAAAGCAAUUAUCACCGAGUUGUACCAUUAGAGGGUGCUCGAAAAAUGUGAACAGCUUGUGCCCACAAGAGACUCAGGUUUUGAACAAAAAUGGGCAAGUGGUGGCGUGCAAAAGUGCUUGCUUGGCUUUUGAUCUUGACAAAUUUUGCUGCAGAAAUGAGUAUGGAAGCCCAGGAAAGUGCAAGCCUAGCGUCUACUCAAAGAUAUUUAAGGAUGCUUGUCCUUCAUACUACAGUUUUGCUUUUGACACACCCCCACCAUUGGUAAACUGUGCCUCCAGAGAGUAUGUGAUAACCUUCUGUCCGUCGGGUGAUAUGGCACACUCAUCCAUAUAGACUAUAGUGUUAUAUCUCCAUGAUUGUCCGAAAUUUAUGUCAUGGUGGCUAUAAUAAUUGUGUGGUCCAUGAGGGGCGUUUAUAACCCUAUUUAUAAAUAAAGUAGCCUUUUGAUAAUGUGCA